UUAAUAUUUUCUAAGUCGUAUCGACUAUAAUCAAUAUAGAUAAUAUCUAUUUAAAGCAAAGUUUAAUUAUCAUAGGAUUUCCGGAGCUCCUUAAUAAUUUCAUGUGACGUGUUAUAUACAUGUUGAUCAAACUAUUAAAGACAUCGAUAAAAGUAGAGGUGACACGUUCUCUGUGCUUAGGACAUUCUAAUUGUGAGAUUGUUUUCAAUGACAAGUGAUGCAGGGCAACAAAAAGGCAAACAGAUGGAUUCCAUUAUACCAUACUCCUGCAUCUUCAUUGAUGGGGACUGGAGGACAUUUUCAUCUGCAGCAUGGAAGUGUUUUAGCUGCCAAUCAAACAACAAAAAGGUUGUAACGGACCUACAAAAAAGAUGGACCAAUGUCAACAACACCAACAGCGUUUUGCCCUGCCUUUCUGUCCGAUCUGGCCUUGACCUUUACCUCAAGGUCAUGAACUUUGAAGCAGGGUCAGAGGUUAUUAUGUCAGCUAUAAACAUUCCAGAUAUGGUCACGGUUGUCAAACACCAUAAUUUAAAGGUGGUGCCAUGGGACAUCAGCAUUGAAACAACUGAGCCAAAACUUGAUCUCCUCCCCAGUCUUAUAACCAGCCAUACCGUCGCAAUCCUUGUUGCCCAUAUAUUUGGCAAAUGGUGCGAUAUGGACCCAAUCAUUGACGUUGCUCAAAGUUAUAAUCUGCCUGUGAUAGAAGACUGUGCCGAAAGUUUCUGUGGAUUUGAUGUAAUAGGAAAUCCACGUUCAGACCUGGUUUUGUUUAGUUUUGGAGUUAUAAAAUUCUCGACAGCUUUUGGCGGUGCAAUAGCAAAGAUCAAAGAUGAAAGUGUCUAUAAGAAGAUGCUGGAGGUUUAUGGAACAUACCGUGUGCAGGGCCAUGGGGAGUUUUUAAAAAAGAUAUUUAAGUAUUACCUAGUUUAUCUUAUACUCCUGCCAUUUUCAGAAAAAAUUCUUAUCUCUGCUGCCAGAUUUUUUGGUAUCGACCAUAAAGCAAUGGCUGUUCAAAUGCUCAGGGGGUUUCCCGAUCAAAUGACUCAGAGAAUCAAAAUGAGGCCAAGCUCUGCCCUCUUGCAAAUGCUCAGAGAGAGGCUGGAGGGUUUCAGCAAAUCAGAUUUCGAGACUGGGCAGGUGAAAGGGGACUAUGUGAGAAUGAGGCUGCCAGAGGAGGCACAGAUGGUGGGAAUGAAAGCUAUUAUCAACAACUAUUGGCUGUUUCCCAUACUUGUGGAGAGCCCAGACACAGUUCUUAGUGUGCUCAACGCCCUUGGGGUCGAUGCCUACCGAGGGGCCACACAGCUAAACAUCAUCGAACCAGAAACUUCCCCCAACUCCGAUGACCCCAUGACCCCGAUUGACCCUAGCUACCCGUCCGAGGCCCGAUACCUUAUAGACCACGUUGUGUACCUCCCAGUGAACAAGAAAGUGCCUUUCCAUGUUCUGAACAAGAUCUGCAAUGCAGUGAAAGAAGCCAUUAGAUUAAGCAAAGAUUCCCCAAAAGUACGCAUUCAGUCAAAACUGUGAUUGGUCGUAUUUUAAUGGCAUUGGUUACAUUUUUAACAAUGUAAUUGCUCAUGUGUAACCAUUAUGAUAACCAAAUACAUACAUUUAUUAAGGAUUUAUUAUUGUUCCCGGAGUUGAGAGUGGUAUUUAAUACCACAUCUCACGUUGUACCAUAUAUAGAAACAUGCAAAAAAUACAUUGAUAUCAACUCCACUUUCAUUCACAUUUGUCAUUAUGCCCCCCUUCAAAAAAAGGGGUUAUAUUGCUUUGCACAUGUUGGGCGGUCAUUCUGUAGUUUGUGGGUCCUUUGCAAGACCAAAGAUUGUCUGUGUAAUAACUCCACAAUUUCUGGACGUUGGUCAUCAAACUUGACAUGAAGGUUAGGCCUGACCAGUAGUUGAUCUCUUUUUAUUUUAGGGGUCAUCGGGUCAAAGGUCAAGGUCACAGUGACCUUGAAUGCUAAAAGGUUGUCUGAGUGAUAAUAGCCAAAAUGUCGCAUCCAUUGCCCUCGAACUUGACUUGGGGGUUGGGCCUGACCAGUAGAUGAGCCCUAUUGAUUUUAGGGGUCAUCGGGUCAAAGGUCACAGUGACUUUGAGUGCAAAAUGCUUGUCUGUGUGAUAACAUGACAAUGCCUGCACCCAUGGCCCAUGUGGGGCAUAAUGUUUGAGAAACAUCUCUUGUUUAAAUUGAUAACAAUGUGUUGCUCAGAUAGGGAGAUUAUUGUGACAUUAUAUUUUGUAUACCCAUCAAGUUGCCAUUCUACAAUGCUAAAUAGUGCUGCAUAUCUUUUUUUAUACUUCUGAUACACUGAACAAAUAUAUCACAUUGGAAUGGAAAAAAAAAAGAUCUGAUGCGAGACUCUGUUUUUUUGUCAAAUUAAACAUGGCUUAUCAUUCGGAUGCUGGUAAAAAAAGAUUAGGGCUUGUAGAUGUACUUGUCCAAAUUUUAUUUCCAAUAAAUCCAAACUCCAACCCAUAUUUCAUUACACAACAAAGAUGCUUGCCCAUCAUUCAUGAGUGCAUGUAUUUUCUUGUACCCAUACAUAAUCACAAUCAGAUGCGUAGCUGACACAAAUAGGCAGUUUUGUAAGGAAAUUUUGACAGGUCAAGGUAUUUGUCCCAAACCCCCGAAUUUGAAGUGAAAACUGAAGGGGGUUAGGGCAUGAAGGGGUUAAUAUGUUGUCCGGCGUUCUCAAAUUGGCCCUAGCUACGUGCCUGACAAUACGCAUACCGUAUCAUACCAAACUAUGCACCUCGAUGAACUGUAUUCCCACUUGUUGUAAUACUGGGCCCAUAUUUACUAACAUCUUAAGCCCAAGUUUGAGACUCCAACUUUGAAAAACAAAUUUUAAAACUCUCUUAAUUAAAAUACGAUUUGUCAAAAUAUCUUAUUUCAACAUAUAUAUGCAGCAGUUUUUGUUGACCCUGCUCUUUAAAUGGCAAUUUUACAGAAUAUUGGCCCAGCAUUUUGUGAUAACAAAAUUUACUGAUAAUUUAUUGCAAUGUUAAAGUGCUAUUUGUUGUAUUAUGAUAUUUAUUGAAUGCUUGCAGAAUAAAAAAACUGUGCAUGUAUAUACUGGCUCUGAAAUAACCAACAGACAGUUGUUACAUAUAAAACCAGUCAAGUUUUCAAUUUGGUUAAUGUUAUCGUAACUGUUUAUUGAUUGGUCAAUAUUUAUGCAAUAAUAACUAAUAGCCAUUCAAAUUGUUUUAGUGAGUCAACUAGCCAAAAGAUAGGCUGUAAAGAAAUAGUAAGUUUUAAGAUGGCUUUGUAAAAAAAAUGUCACAAGCUUUGGGGAAGUACCACUUGGUAUCACAGUUACAUUUAUGUGUCAAAAUAUUAAAUUAUGUGUCAGAUAUUUCAGUAAUGCAACAAAUAAUUCCUUUUUGUGACAAAUAAUUCAGUAAUGUAUCAAAUAAUUCAGCUAUGUGUCAAAUAAUUCAGUUGUGUGUCAAAUAAUUCAGUUGUUUGUCAAAUAAUUCAGUCAUGUGUCAAAUAAUUCAGUUAUGUGUCAAAUAAUUCAGUUGUUUGUCAAAUAAUUCAGUCAUGUGUCAAAUAAUUCAGUCAUGUGUCAAAUAAUUCAGUUGAUUGUCAAAUAAUUCAGUCAUGUGUCAAAUAAUUCAGUUAUGUGUCAAAUAAUUCAGUUGUUUGUCAAAUAAUUCAGUUAUGUGUCAAAUAAUUCAGUUAUGUGUCAUAUAAUUCAGUUGUUUGUCAAAUAAUUCAGUUAUGUGUCAAAUAAUUCAGUUGUUUGUCAAAUAAUUCAGUUAUGUGUCAAAUAAUUCAGUUAUGUGUCAUAUAAUUCAGUUGUUUGUCAAAUAAUUCAGUAAUGUGUCAAAUUAUUCAGUUAUAUGUUAUUGUACAAAAGUUGGGAGUGGUCUAGUGGUUCAAGUCCGGCCUCUCAUCAAGUGAUGCAAGUUCAAGUCUAGAUAACAUUUCAUGGCCUAGCUAAAUGACUGAAUGGCAUAAAGAUUGAAUGAAGAUUCAUUAGAUCAAAAUUUAUCGUAAAAUAUACAUGUUCACUCAACUUGAGUCUCAAGAGGCUUUUAGAUAUUAUAUUGUCUGACCCUUAGUUGUGAAAAUAAAUGUUUCUCAAAUGUAAGAUGUUAUAAUAUUGUGAUAAUGCUGGAGGAAAUAAUUGAGAAGUUAUAGAUUCAAGUUCAUAAUAUUUUCUGGUACAUCGUGGGCACUUCACUCAAAAUAAAAAACUUGUAAUAUAUUUCAGGAAGAAAAUUUAGACUUUAUUGAUAUUUGACGAAGCAUGCAUAUGACUACGCAACCAUCAUUGUUUUUGUUUGUAUUGCCAUUUUUGUCAGGUAACCUAGUCAGUAUUCUUUGACUACAUCUUCCUUUUAUUAGUACCAGUAGUCUUUUUUUUUCAGAUAAAAAAAGUCUAGGUAUUGGGAUAGCCUUGGUGUUUUGUUGGUAGCGACAGCUAUUGUUAUUUUGUCCCCGCCCUGUGAGUGCUGAGAUUUAAUUUUGAAAGUGAGACGGGGCUAAAUUUUCAAAACAGUGAAAAAUAAACAAUUUGUUAUUUCUCUAUUUAAAACAGUGGAGUAUCAUUUUUAGUUCAGUGUUAAACCUCUAUAAAUCACUGAAAAGCAUAUAGUAGAUUUAAUGUAGUACACAGAUUGCCAGAGGCAACACUCACAUGUACAAUGAAUCCCAGUAUAAAGAUGCUUGGGCCAUAUUCAAUAAGCAACUUAGAUUGAACUUAAAUCUAAGUUUAGGAACUAAGAGAUUUGAUUAGUCUGAAUAUUUAGCUGACCAAUAGGCUGAAUGAAAUCACUGAGGCAUGUCUAAUGAUAAGGAUAAGAUCAGUAUUGAAUACUGGCCCUGGCCUAAAUAAUUGUUGAAUGCAACUUUUUUUACUUAAAAAAACAGACGAGCGUUCUCUUUUGCUCUGUUGCACCCUUGUCAUUUCCAUAUAAGACUGCCGGAAACAAGAAACGUUUACUGGUACAAAUAAUUAUGUCAACAUAUGUAUUCAGUGCUUUUAUCCUUAUUUGUGUUGCUUUUGAAUUUUAAAGAUAAUUAUUUGUUAUGUUAAUAACAUAAUAUGACGUCUUUGUGUAUUCAAUUGGACUAUUUCUUAAACCCUGGCAUCUGUACACUGUACACUUUAAUAAUAGCGUUUUCACAAGGAUUUUCAGCUGGUGUUCCUUGGACCUUCAAUGUUGACAAAAUAGGGCUCUCUGGUAACUUAGUAGGCUCCUCAUAUGAUGUUGAUAUUCCACAAACAAUUAUUUUAGGAGUCCAACAGAUGCACAGUAAGCUGGAAAUGAGGGUCCUUGCAAGAAAAUUGAGUCUCUCUUAGAGACUCAUGGCCCGUGAUUACGAACAGUCUCAAGUCUGAGUUCAGACACAGACUCAGAAAAGCACUUACAUUAUAUUACAAAGAUACAUUUUUUCCAUUGAAAUUAAUAUUAGCUUCAUAAAGUAGAAACAUUCAGCAAAUCUUAUCAUAUUAAUUACUCACCUAGAAGGCAAGUUACAAUGUAAUUGGCCACUUGAGUCUGAACUCAGACUUGAGACUAUUUGUAGCCAUGGUCCCAGGAGUUAGUGUUCAAACAUUUUAAGUAUUAAAUAUAAACAAAAGAUGCAAAUUUUAUUUCCAUUAUUUUAAUUGACCUUGCAUACAAUUUUUAAGGCAGAUGUAUUGGCAGACCUUAAGCCUUGGAAAUAAAAUAAUCAAGUUAAAAUAUGUUUCCUCAUGUAAAGGGCAACCAAAUAACUCUUCGCAUUAGAUCAUAAAUGUUUAAAAAGUUCAAACGCCCUUUGUGUAUUGGACCAUUUUGUGUAUUGUAUGGCGUACAAGCCCGGUUUUAGAUAUAGCCAUUAAAUGGUUCAUGUCUUUGUGCUACAUAUUCGAUUGGAUUGAUAUUUUUGUGAAGUGCUUUAAUAUUUUAUGGAGAAAACAUUUUAAUGAUUACAUUGAGAUUUUUUUUGUGAAGAGCUUUUAUGUUUUUUGGAGCAAACAUUUUAACGAUAAUAUUCAUUUACACCAUGAAAACUGUGAGCUUUAAGUGAUAUUCGUAUUUAUUAUAUAAAUAAAACAUCUACCGGUAUACUCAAGAAAAUUCAUCUAACUUUAUCAUCAGACAUUUACUUUUAAUAAUUUUUUGCAUUAAUGAUUUAAUCUCAUUGGCUUUAAGUGAUCAAAAUAAUUAUGACAGCUGAAAAUUUUUACAUUUCGUUUUUGAGGAAUCUCAAAAUCUUUGAGAUUUACCUUGCUUUAUUCUCUUUGCACACAUGUUUUCUUUUAUAUUAUGAUUCUUAAGUUAUGUAUGAUGCAAGUGUAUUUUCAUUUAAUUGGAUAAGUUUAAUAAAAAAAAUUGGCUUUUGAAUGACAACUUUCAUUGGCUUGUAUUAUUUAAAACUAUUAUGGAACAACCAAUAAUUCCAGUCUCUUUCAUGUUGUCUUGGACAGACUUUUAUGCAAUAUAUACUUAAAGGUAUUUACCACUCAUCAUAAGGAUGCAAAGAUGUGUUCGUGCAUUUACUAAGAUAUUAUUUAUCAAGAUUAUCUCUUUAAUUUAUAUUGAAUAACCAUUAUAUUAUUUUUGCAUGCAUUACAGUUUUGAAUAACACCAAAGUGGCGCUACUAUUAUGAUUUGAUACAGUAAAUUUUUUUGGUGCAAUUUACUGCCUUCUAAAGGCUGGUUUCCCCUUGCGGAAAAACUGUCAAUUUUUCCCGAAAUUUUAUUAUUUUUUCCCAAUUUGAUAAAUGCAGAUUACAUUAAUGAAUAAAAAAGCAAUGAAUUUCUUGAAAUAUAAACAAAAUUUUGACAAGACUUACUCUUUCACAGCAUAAUGUAUGCAUAAAAAAGUUAAAACAUGUAUAUUUUCCAUUAUAUUAGCUAUUUUUGGCCUGAUUUUGUAUUUUUCCCAAAGUCGAUUUUUUUCCCAUUUGCAAGGCACAGGCAGUAAAAAUAAUUAAAAAAAAUCUCUGUGAUAUAUUAACUGGAGGUAAUAUAACAAAAUUUUACUAUUAUUAUAAAGCAAUUUUAUUAAUUUUUCGGCUUAAUUAUCAUAAUGCCUAAU